AUGCAACUGGAAUUCGGCGGCAGGGGAAGGCUCAACCACAUCACAGCCUCCCCGCCAAGCCAAGAGGAUCCAGAUUACAUAAAAUGGUCACAACGGGAUUCAUUAGUAAUCUCGUGGAUAAUUGGAAACAUAGAUCCAGAAUUGCAAAAUCAAUUCCUGGAUUACCCUACCUCAAGAGAUUUAUGGAAAGGGAUCGAAACAUUAUACGGCGGGACCAAAGACGGACUCCAAGUUUUUGACCUUAUGGUCAAAGCAAACAAAAUCCAACAAGGAAGAGAUCCAAUCGAAGUAUACUACAGCAAACUUACCGGAAUCUGGAAGGAGAUUGACAGACGUUCACCAAAUCCGAUGAACAGUCCAGAAGACAAAACGACUUACAAUCGAAUAACCCAGCAAAACCGAUUGUAUCAGUUCUUAGUAGGGGUAGAUGAAACUCUUGAUAAGGAUCGAUGGGAUAUUCUUAAUCGAGAACCUCUUCCAACACCGGAGGAGGCAUUUGCGAUAAUAAGGAGAGAGAUAAACCGGCGAGGGAUUAUGAGCACCGAACCACCAAAACCCUCACAAAUCGAAUCAUCGGGAAUCGGUGGUGGGUUUGCUGUGAGAGGAAGAACGGAGAAACCCAAUUUUCGUCGAGAUGAUGAGAAAUCAGGACUCAGAUGCACCCAUUGUGGGGGUGCGAGACACACCAAGAAGGGGUGUUUCGAGAUUAUCGGCUACCCAGAAUGGUGGGGAGAUCGAAAGAAGAAAGGAGAGAGGAGGAGCACGGCGGCCGUGGGUACCAGUGAGGCACCAGCAGCUGGCGGAGAGCACGGAGGAACGGCAGGCGGCCGUGGAGCCUCUCUCUCUGCGUCAGGUAUGACAGAGAAAACGAAGGAGGAAGGUAUGGCUUUUGGUUUUCAAAGUUUAUGUUUAUAUGGCUCAAGCUCUCAUUUAUGCCCUAUUUCCACCCGUCAAAAUAAGUACUCAAGCCCAUUCCUUUUGUGGCCCAAUACAAAUAUCAAGUCUAUCUCACAAACCGUGAAACAUGAAAAUAAUAAAACCAACUCAUACCAUGUAGGACUAGUUUGUAAACCGAACAAAAAUCCCAGAUGGAUUUUUGAUUGUGGAGCAACUGACACUAUGACAUUUGAUUCCAGUGACCUUGAAACUAUUCUCCCACCAGAAAAAAAUCACGUACAAACAGCCAAUGGAGAGGUAAUUAAAACAGAGGGGUUGGGUGUUGUCAGAAUUUCAGAUAACAUCAAAUUAUCAAAUUGCCUUUUCAUACCAGACUUAUCCCACAAAUUACUUUCCGUUAGCCAAUUGACAAAGGAUUUAAACUGUAUUGUUAACAUGAAUUCUUCUGGUUGUACUGUUCAGGAUGCUCGGACAGGGGAGAUUAUUGGGCAUGGUACUAAGGAGGGUGGACUAUAUUAUGUUACUCAGAUGCCUCACCAGGGUAAAGCAAUGCUCGUUCGCGAGACGGUUAAACAACAGCUUUGGAUGUGGCAUAAGCGACUAGGUCAUCCGUCUUUAGGAUACCUUAAGAAACUCUUCCCUAAUCUUUCUAGUUCAAAUGUUCUUUUUGAUUGCGAAGCUUGUAUUCUUGCUAAGAGUCAUAAACACUUUUAUCCGAACAGUGAUAGUAGAACUGAUAAACCUUUUGUUUUAAUUCAUUCAGAUAUGUGGGGACCAGCUCCCGCGUUCAAUAAUCAUGGUUUCUUAUAUUAUGUUACAUUUAUUGAUGAUUGCACUAGAAUGAGUUGGGUGUAUUUCCUUAGAAAAAAGUCUAACGUCUAUAAGACUUUUGUCUCUUUCUAUAAAAUGGCACAACACAAUUCCAAACCCAAAUUAGAAUUCUUCGAUCUGAUAAUGGUACUGAGUAUAAGAAUAUCGACAUGA